AUGAGUGCCGCUGUCUCCCGUCUUCUUGCAGCGAAGGCGUCACUGCCGCCCUCGUCUGGAGUGCCACUCGGCUUACUCCUUGGAUCGUAUUAUCCAGAAGCCGCCGCAUCAGAAGCGGGAGGGGCUUCCAAGGGGUCCGUGCAUGCCCUCCAGUGGUCCCCUCUGGCCUCGCUCUCUUCCGAUCCGGAUUUUCAGGAGGGCGCAGACGCGUUGGUCUUUUUGCAGCAGCUGCAGCAAGCCCAUCAGCAGCAAGUGGUGGACCGACUGAUUCGCCAGGCGUCUCUUUGCUGCUCACACCAUCUGGUGGGGGGUCUCGCAGUCUUGGGGGUAUGGGCUCGUGUCUCCGUCCCUGCUGAUCAGCUGCAUCAGCAACAGCAACAGCUGCAGCACGAGUUACAGCUGAGUCGGCUGGCUUCAGCGGUGGCAGACGGCACUCUUGAGGGUCUUAACGCUGCAGAUGAGGCAGCAACUGCAGCGGUGCUGCAUCUUUACGAAGAAGGAGGCUGCAGCACAAAAGGCCUCCCGAAGCAGCCCUUUGUCCUCGUACUCCUCCAGCAGCACAAUCUGCAAGACAGCGUUGCACACUUCUCCUGGAUGUCUGGCAAUUCAUCCUGGUCUUCCUUAUCGAGUGCCACCUUGUUCCCGUCGUCCUCACUCUUGAGGCAGCAGCAACAACAGAUGCUGCAACUUUGUUGCAGCCCCCUAAGUCUGAACCUUACCCUGUUGUUGCACCCUUCGCUCAUGCGGCAGCACUCCGCGGCAACGAUAUUGGGAACAGGGCAGCUCCGAAGGGCCUUGCGUCGGGCACUAAGGGUGUUCGCAGGCUUGGAGGAGGCCCCUAUGGGGUACUCUAGAGAGUCUUUCCCCUUCUACUGCUGUCUCCGUAAGGGACUGUCUCAACGGAGCUCCACGCAUGGCUCUGGGCAGCAGCUUGGUACUUUGAAGGGUGCUCCAUGUGCUCCGGAUACGACCAUUAGCACAGCGAUUGCAGCAGCAACAGCAGGAGCUGCAUCAGCUCCAGGAGGGGAGGAUUUUGAUGCAUUGCAAAUAGAGCUCUUCUCGUCAGUCACUCCCUCCCUAUGCCUUCGCAUUGCUGAGGACGGGUGUGUGUCUACCGUUUCCGCCUUUGUGCAGCAAAAGCAGCAGCAGAUGCUUCGCGCCGGUGGGUAUACUGUAGUGCGCUGCUCUCUGGCUCAGGGAGCCGUUUCCCUGAACCCUAAACACCAAACGCUAAAAACUGCAAUGGAGUUUCUGAUAGCAGAUUGGGUGCGUGGCGCUGUGGGGUCCUUGAAUGGCUCUCUUGAGGAGGCAUGGGGUGAGCGCGAGGGGCCUCCUUCUGCUUUACACGUUUCUCUUCACCAAAGGAGGUAUCUGACGACACAACAUGCCCCCUUGCUGGAGCAACAGCUAAAGGCGCACGGAGCUCCUGCAGUCCUGGCGGAGUUAGCCCCCGCAGCAGAGGGGGAAGAGGGAAGCGAAAGGGUCAGAGUGGAGUUUCUAUUCGGGGGGGAAUGGCGCUGGGGAGUCAUAGCGGCUUUGCGGCUGUUUUCGUUCGCCGAUAUUUCCAUUGAAAACCCCAAAGGCUCCGACGCGCACAAGGACCUCCAAAACACAGGGGCCCUUCAGGCGGAGCACGACCGCUACUGGAAGGCUUUAAUAAACUGUGUGAGGACAGAGAAGCUUAAAAUGGCGACCAGCAAGAGGCCCUGGUAUAUUUGGGUGUUGCCACUUCUUGCGUUACUGCUGAGCUACUUUUUAGAAUGGAAGAUGUGA